AUGAGCACUUCUCAAGCACUAUUCUCACCUAUUAAAGUUGGUGCCAACACCCUCAAACAUCGUGUCGUUCUUGCGCCAUUAACACGUCUCCGAGCCACCACAGAGGCUGUACCCACUGAUCUACAAGCCGAAUAUUACAAACAGCGUGCAUCUGAAGGGGGCCUUUUAAUCGCUGAGGGCACGGCCAUCUCGUCUGUUGCGCGUGCUUGGCUUCAAGCCCCAGGAAUAUACAACAAGGAGCAGGUGGAGGGCUGGAAGAAGGUGACAUCCAGUGUUCAUGCCAAGGGUGCUGUCAUUUUCUUGCAGUUAUUCCACAGUGGCAGAGUUGGAUCAAAGCAUCUCAAUCCCCAUCAGGAACAAGUUGUAGGCCCUUCUGCAAUCCCUUCUCCUGGUAAAAACUUGCAUGGUAUCGAUUAUGAAGUUCCUCAUGCACUCACCGUAGACGAGAUCAAGGCCAUCAAGAUUGAUUUUGUUCAAGCGGCUAAAAACGCUAUUGAAGCUGGUUUUGAUGGAGUAGAAAUUCAUUGUGCAAAUGGCUAUCUUCUUGAUCAGUUCAUCAACUCUUCAAGCAAUCAACGCACAGACAUUUAUGGCGGAUCCUUUGAAAACAGAGCUCGCUUUCCAUUGGAAGUAGUAGAUGCUGUCGUUGAAGCUGUUGCUGUGGAACGCACUGCUGUGCGUUUCUCUCCUGGUAGUGAUUUCCAGGGUAUGGUCGAUGACAACGUCGAAAGAACUUGGGGCUACUUGACCUCAGAGUUACAAAAGAACCAUCCUAAUCUGGCAUACCUGCACAUGAUUGAAUGUCGAUCCAGCAUCUUUACCGAUAUUCAAGUAGGUUUAGCCGAUACUCUCGAGCCUUAUCGUAAACUUUUCAAAGGCCCUUUUAUUACUGCUGGUGGCCUUUCUUCUUCUAAAAAAUUUGCCGAGGAAAUUGCUGAAAAGACUGGUGAUUUGAUUGCUUAUGGUCGUGCCUUUAUUGCUAAUCCUGAUCUCCCUGAACGUCUCCGUAAUGGUUGGGAGUUGAACCCUUAUGAUAGAGAUACUUUCUACACCAAUGAAGCUGAUGGCUAUACCGACUAUCCCUUUUACAAUGAAAAGAAAUGA